AUGUUCUGAAGGACUGUUCUCCUUCUCUUAAGCUCAAUCCAAUGAUGUUUGGUUUGCUGACUUUUGAAAAAGAUUCAGUUCCUCUGAAGAGCAUUGAAGUGCAGCUGGAGGUGAAGGAUCAUGUCGCUACAGUGGCCUCCACUCUGAACUAUGAGAACAAGGAGGAUAAAUCAGUGGAGGCUGUGUUUGUCUUCCCUAUGCCUGGAGACGCUGCUGUGUGUCAUUUCAGUGCUCAGGUUGGACAGACACACGUUGUAGCUGAAGUGAAGGACAAACAGCAGGCUCGGGAGGAGUACGAUAAUGGUCUGAGCUCCGGUCAGCAGGUAUUCAUAUUGGAGGAGAGUGAUGAGACCCCCGAUAUCUUCGCUCUGAGUGUCGGCAAUCUGCAUCCAGGAGAGAGCGCCUCCAUCAGGCUGGAGUACAUCACUGAGUUGGCUGUUGAGGCCGAUGACGGACUGAGGUUCUGUCUGCCUGUUGUGCUCAACCCUCGAUACCAACCUCAGGGUAGUGAAGGUCCAAGCGUCCAGGUGACUUCAGUUCCAGCCUUUAUGGUUCCCUACAGUCUGUCCUUCUCUGCCCGAGUCUCCUCUCCUCGCCCAGUCUCUAAAGUAGAGUCCAACUCUUCUCUGGAGCCACUUCAGUAUCUCAGCGCUGAUCAAACUCAGGCCACGUUUAAGUUGGCCGAAGAAUACAAGUUUGACAGAGAUGUUGAACUGCUGAUUUAUUACAAAGACGCCCAGCAGCCCACUGCUGUGUUGGAGGCAGGAGAGGCCUCUGCCGAACCUGGCUCUGUGAUGGGUGAUCCGGUGGUAAUGGUGAGCUUGUAUCCUGAAUAUUCAGAAUCUUUGAUGUCCAAAUGUAACUCCAGUGGAGAGUUUGUGUUCUUGUUGGAUCGAUCGGCCAGCAUGGACUUCCCCUUAUACUGUGGAAGUCAUGAGAGUCGUAUUGCAAGUGCCAGGGAUACUCUGCUGCUCCUGUUGAAGAGUUUACCAAAUGGCUGUUAUUUCAACAUUUACAGCUUUGGAGACAGUUACGAACACGUCUUCCCUAAGAGUGUAAAGUACAGCCAGAAGAACCUAAAACGGGCUUUGAAGAAAGUAGAGGAGAUGAACUGUAACCUUGGAGGAACACAGAUCCUGGAGCCUCUGCAACACAUUUAUGGACAGCCCUGUAUUCCUGAUAAACCCAGACAGCUGUUCAUCUUCACCGAUGGUGAGGUGUGUUGCACAAAAUCUGUCGUGGAUGAGGUGAAGAAAAACUCUGAAUUUCACAGGUGUUUCUCUUUUGGGAUUGGAGAAGGUGCCAGCUCUGAGCUUAUCUAUGGGAUGGCCAGAGAGGGAGGAGGUCAUGCUCAGUUCAUCAUAGGCAAGGAGAGGAUGCAACCAAAAGUGAUGCAGUCUCUUAGGUUCGCACUGCAGCCGCGGGUUGCUGACGUCUCUUUGUCGUGGGAUUUACCAGAGGGAGUGUCCGCCACUCUUCUUUCUCCACCUAUCAGAACCCUUCUACAGGGUCAGAGGUCACUGAUUUAUGCUCAGCUCACUGGAGAGUGUUCUGAAGCCACAGAUGGAUGUCUGACCGUGAACUUUACUGCAGCUGGUCAUCAAUGCCAGAACCAGCUGCACUUCUCUCUCCGACCUGCAGAGGGCAUUACGCAUGAAGCAGGUUUUGAUCAGAAAGGAGAUAGACCACUGACUUGCUUACCAAUCCACAGGUUGGCUGCACGUACUCUAAUCCGCUCCCUGGAGUGGGAGCACAGGCAGAAUGGACAGGAAGCUGAAGUAAAGAAGAUUUUGGAGCUUAGCAUCCAGUCUUGCAUCAGCAGUGUCUUCACUGCCUUCCUCGCUGUCAACAGAUGCAAUGGCAAAGCUGUUGAAGGUCCCCUGAUCUACAGGGAGAAUCCAACCUACAUGCCGAUACUUCGCGGAGGUUUGGAGUUUCUGAUGUUUGAUUAUUUGUGCAGAGAGAGAAACGUUUUUAGACGAAUUUAUUCGUCUUUGAGGAAAAGAGCAUCUGCCAGUAAACUUGGAAAAUCUUUCAAAAAGAAACUAGUUUCAGCAAUGUCUUGUUUUGGUAAAGGAGAUUCUGAGACCAGAAAGCCAGCCAGAGAUCCACUGCUGGAGCUCGUCUCACUGCAGAAUGCUUCUGGCUGCUGGCUGCUUGAUCCAUGUCUGGCUGCGGCUCUGCAAAAAAACACGCAGGAGCUGGAAGAAACAAAGCCCAAAUCGGUGAAAAAGGAAGUGUGGGCCACCAUUUUGGCUUUAAUCUGGCUUCACGGCUUCAAAGUGGAGGAAAAAGAUGAAUGGGAUCUUCUUGCAGCGAAGGCUGCAUCGUGGCUCAGAGCUAAGAAAGCUGUUUGCCUGAGAGCCUGUGUUGAAGCUGGGAAUGUCCUGUUAGGCUGUAAUGUGCAGACUGAUGCUCUGGGACUCUGACAUCUCUUCUUCUGCAACCAUUAUCUUUCCGAAGCAUUAUAUAUUUUUUCAAACUGCACUUUUUUUUUAUUAGAAUGUAAUCAGAAAUGUUUGUUUUUUAUUUUUAUAUCGUGACAGAAAUGCUGUGUUUGUGUUUCAGGUCAAUAUUGACUGAGCUGGGUUUAAAUUUUUUAACCAAAUACUGAUCAAUGGUGAUUUGUUUCUGCCUUAUUUGCUUAGUUUGUCGGCUUCUGUGUAUCCAUCUGCUUUUUAAGAAUCUACCAUAAGUUUCCUUAAUGUGCAUCAGAACAGUAGCAUUGUUGAUGUACUGCAGUGGUUCUCUUGCAGGUAACAUUUUAAGAGGAGGGCCCUUUUUUAAAGCUGUUUUUUGUUGAAGUCGUUUAAGGCGGACUUAUGAUCUUGGCUACAUGAAAUGAAGAAGGUUUAUUAUCAUUACACUGAUGACAAAAUUAGCAUUGGUUUUAGUAGCAGCAAAAUAUUCUAUUUGAUAUUUAAACCGUAUUUUUCACGGUCUUGGUUCUGUUAAGUUUUCAGUUUCACAUUGAUCCAUGUUUUUCUUUGUUUUCUAGUUUUAUUGAUUUAAUUCCUAUUUUGU